UAAUUUUUUUCAACAUCAUAGAAAAUACUCUGAACAUUGAUCAUUGGAUAUCUCUCUGUGGGUUUAUCGCUCUAUGUGUUGGCAGUCCCGCAACCCCUCGACACCAACAAUUUCAACUCUUCCAACCACCAAUAGAUUCAUCGUCUGAGGGCACUCUCCUCCUCCUCUACCCCGCCAUUGAGCUUCCCAUUUUCAGCUUCGUUCUUAGGGGCACACACUUUUCUUUCUCUUGUCUCUCAUCAGCUUGAGUCGAAUCUCUCUAGUUGCCUCCAAUUCGCGCAGCACCAUGAGCACCAUUAACUAAUUAGGGGACUGAUUUACCCCACAUACUUUGUUCAAUUAUAUAUUACACCACCCUAGCUCACAGCUUCCUGAGACAUUCAUCCUCCGUCAUUCAAAUCAUUGCGCCUUUCUUUUGGAUAGCGCAAAUCACGAAAUAAAUAAUAGAUUCCUCCUCUACAUCUUUUUUUCACUUACGCUUUAAACGUGUUCACAAUGGCCAGCGUGGAUCCUGCUACCGGCCGGCCGCUGCCCGCCGACGCCAUUCAACGUGUGCUUUUCAUCGCACCAAAGGUUCAUAUCUACAAUAUCCCUCCGCUGACCUCGACGAGAGGAUAUACAGCUGCAGCCUGGACGGAAAAUAAUAAUGCUCGCCUCAUCUUCACAGCUCGACUCCGGAUAGUCGAGACCGCAAUCCCCGAUCAAAAUGGCGGUGAAAGGGUGAAGACAGAUGUGCUGUUAGAGGACCCCAAAGACGGCCAGCUCUUCGCUGCUGCACCCUACUCCAGUCCAGCCGCCGUCGAGCAGGUUCUCGAUAGCUCGCGCUUCUUCGCAAUGACGGUUGUAGGCGAGAGAGGACAGAAAGCAGUUCUGGGCAUUGGCUUUGAGGAACGCAGUGAUGCGUUUGACUUUGGGGUUAGCUUGCAGGAGGUACGGCGCGUGCAUGGAAUGGACAACACGGGCCAAGAUAAAGGACGAAAGGUGCCUAGCAGAGUGGCUGCUCAGGAGAAGCCAGCGGAGGAGAAGAAGGACUUUAGUCUCAAGGAAGGGGAGACCAUUACUGUCAAUCUUGGCGGACGUGGCCGGAGAACAAGAAAUGAAUCAGGCACGCCUGCUUCAUCUACUACUUCUGAGCAAGCUGCACUCUUUUCUAUUGCGCCGCCGCCGAGCGACAGCAGUGGCGGUGCAGUGCCGUUUCUUCCUCCGCCCCCAAGCGCUCAUGCUGUCAAAGAGGAGAGAAGGCGGGGCAAGCCGGCAGUACAACCGGCCUCACAACCCUCUGCAGCAGACCUCGGGUUCGAUGAUGGGGAAUUUGGAGAAUUCCAAUGAGCAAAGGCACAUCAGAGGGAAAUAUCGACAUCCUUACAGAAUGUCCAUAUAUAUCUAGCCUCAACAGGGAUGAAGCCGAAUAUUUUUGCGCUCUGCAGGCCCACCCCCCUUCGCUCACACCAUAAGGCUGGUUCCUAUUCCUGGUUGCUGGGAUAACGACAGCCACAGUCAUCACCGUUGGUAUGGACAAGCGUCGACUAGGUGUAAGAACCGCGUCAUCAAUCUUAUUGGGGAUUUGACGGUAUUAUCGUGAACGAUGAUCAUAAAUGAUAAGCAGUAGUUGUGUGACUGCUUUUGCGGAAAUGGAGUCAAAUCAGAUAAUUUUGAAGUGCACAUGAUAUCAUAAUAAAUCGCAUCAAAA